CCACAAUCGCCUCUUUAUUCGCUGCAUUUCGCCCGCGCAUCACCGCCACCCUCGAUAACAAGCGUCUGCGAUUGCUCUUGCGACACCUGCCAUCUGACUAAUGGCCCUAGACUGAACCUACGAUUUUGCUGGCCAACGCGCCCUUUUUCGACAGCAUCUCGUGCCCCUUUCAUCUGUGGCAGUACCUAGCCAACUCCGCGCGAACACGAUUCUCCAAGGCAGUCCGACUCCUGGGCACAUACCGCAACUUUGGUCCAGACGCGUUCAAGCGGAUAAGUAGAUAUGGCGUCCAAGAGGAAGCAUGCGGCGGUGGAGCCGGAGGAUAUGGAGCCCAUAGACCCAGCUGAUGAGCUGAUGUUCUUGUGCUUGGGCGGCGGCAACGAGGUCGGCCGUUCCUGUCACAUCCUCCAGUACAAGGGCAAGACCGUCAUGCUUGAUGCCGGUAUGCAUCCUGCGUACGAAGGUCUCUCCGCCAUGCCCUUCUACGAUGAUUUUGAUCUCAGCACAGUAGAUGUGCUUCUAAUCUCACAUUUCCACGUUGAUCAUGCAGCUUCGUUACCGUACGUCCUGGCAAAGACCAAUUUCAAAGGCCGAGUCUUCAUGACACAUCCUACCAAGGCCAUCUACAAAUGGCUCAUCCAAGACUCCGUACGUGUUGGCAACAUGUCAAGCUCGUCAGAGACCAAGAUCCAGAUGUAUACCGAACAGGACCACCUCAACACCUUUCCGAUGAUCGAGUCCAUCGACUUCUACACAACGCACACCGUCUCUGGGAUACGAAUCACACCAUAUCCUGCAGGCCACGUUCUGGGCGCAGCUAUGUUCCUCAUCGAAAUCGCCGGCUUAAAGAUCCUGUUCACAGGUGAUUACUCGCGAGAAGACGACCGACAUUUGGUGUCAGCUUCAGUACCCAAGGAAGUCAAGAUCGAUGUCCUCAUUACCGAGUCAACUUUCGGUAUCUCCACACACACACCGCGCGUCGAGCGCGAGACACAGCUGAUGAAAGCCAUCACCGACAUCUUGAACCGCGGAGGCAGAGCGUUGCUUCCCGUGUUUGCCCUUGGACGAGCUCAAGAGCUGUUGCUCAUCCUGGACGAAUACUGGGGCAAACACCCGCAGUACCAGAAGGUGCCCAUCUACUAUAACUCCAGUCUAGCGCGACGAUGUAUGCAAGUCUACCAGACCUACGUGGGCGCCAUGAACGACAACAUCAAGCGCCUCACCAAGCAGCGAUUUGCUGAGGCUGAAGCUGAAGGAGAUGUUGGUCGACGUGGAGCCUGGGAUCUCCGGUUCGUGCGUUCACUGAAGAACCUUGAGCGAUUUGACGACAUGAGUGGCUGCGUCAUGUUGGCUUCGCCAGGUAUGAUGCAGUCCGGUACGUCUCGCGAAUUGCUUGAGCGAUGGGCACCAGAUCCAAGAAACGGUGUCAUUAUCACUGGUUACUCGGUCGAAGGUACCAUGGCGAAGCAGAUCGUCCAUGAGCCUGAGCAAAUCCCCGCUAUCAUGACACGCGCUGCGAAUAACAACCGCCGUGUCGGCCAGCGGGAGAACGAGCAGAUCAUGAUUCCGAGGCGUUGCACAGUGCAGGAGUACAGCUUCGCGGCCCACGUCGAUGGAAAAGAGAAUAUGGAGUUCGUACAGGAAGUUGCUGCACCCGUAGUGAUCCUGGUCCACGGUGAGAAGGGUAACAUGACACGUCUGAAGUCCAAACUUCUUGGCUUCAACGCGCAUAAAGCAGUACCUACCAAGAUCUACUCACCAGCCAACUGCGAAGAGCUCCGGAUUCCCUUCAAGACUGACAAAAUCGCCAAAGUCGUUGGCUCGCUUGCUGCUAUCCAACCACCUUUACCUCGCUCACUCAAAUCACCUGGCGAGGACCGCGAACCCGAUCAAGCCAGCGACGAUAACAAGAAUCUUGCUCUAAUUAGCGGUGUCUUGAUCCAAAACGACUUCAAAAUCUCGCUCAUGGCGCCUGAGGAUCUCAAAGAGUAUGCUGGCCUCACGACAACCACGAUCGUGUGCCGUCAGCACUUGACGUUGUCCGCCGCAGGUACAGAUUUAAUCCGCUGGGCGCUCGAAGGCACAUUCGGCGCAACCAAAGAAGCAGAGAUUGCCGAUGAUGCAGUCAAGGGCAAAGAGACCAACGGUAAUGGUAUAAAGGAAGACGCAGACGAAGACAUCAGUCGCAUGAGCAACCAGUUCACAGUCAUGGAAUGCGUAAACGUACUUGUCAAGUCCGGCGGCCAUGUCGAAGUAUCAUGGGAAGGCAAUGUGAUCAACGACGGCAUCGCCGAUGCCGUGCUUGCAGUGCUCUUCACUGUAGAAAGCUCGCCUGCAGCUGUUCGCCAAUCAUCUCGCCAGCACUCCCACUCACACGCCCACCCCGAGAAACCAAAGGAACCCAAACAUCACCCCCACGCUACCUCCGACCCAUCAACUCGACUCGCACGCCUUCUCCUCUUCCUCGAAGCACAAUUUGGCGAAGACGCCGUCACCCCUAUCCCGUUCCCGCGCUCGUCCGCACUCAACCCGUCAAAAGCCACUAACGGUACCGAGGCCCCCAGAACAGACGGAGAAACUAUGGACAAGGGUGGCGCAAGCGAGAUCAGCGCCGAAGACAAAGCCACGCUCCAGCGCCUUCAUGCUCUGGGCAUCCCAGUCCCUGGUAUCGAAAUCAAGUUCGACCGCUUUGUGGCGAGGGUGUGGUUGGAGGAUUUGGAUGUUGAGUGUGCGAACAAUGCGCUCAGGGCGAGGGUCAAGGCGGUGGUGGAGAGGGGCGUUGAGACGGUCAGCGGACUGUGGCGGUAGAUUGGUGGUGUGCAUACGAUGUAUCGCCUUGGUGAGCGCCAAGAGAAAAUGGAGAUUUGAUAGUAGUGACGAGCGGGUCCAAAGAGGCGAGAGGAUGGAGAGUAUGUGUAUCGAUAGUCUGCAUUUCGUAGCAUUCAGAGGAAUGGUUACUUUCUUUUCUGCAAGAA